UAUGGGAAGCGCCAAUUACCACGCUCAGAUUCGUUUCUACGACGGAUCUCCCUCAUGGUUACUUCGGGUUCCACGUGUUGCCAGCUUCGCUGUUGGUCUUCCAGCUUCACUAGUUGAGUACCUUGUACUCAGCGAAUACGCAACCUUGAAGUUUCUUGAAACUACCGCAGUACCGACACCUCGAGCAUUCAGCUACGGUAUACAUGGCACUGGAACAGACCAUGGUACUGGAGUCAGUUUCAUCCUCAUGGAAGAACUACCAGGGACACCGUGGACAGGUCAAGGCAUUUCCGGCGGCAAAGCCACUGAGAGCGAAAAGGCAAAGGUCUGGAGUGGUCUUGCGGAUAUUCUGAUCGAGUUAGAAAAACACCCUUUUCCUAAGGCUGGUUCACUGUGCUUGCAAUCCUCUGCAAUUCAGGUAUCGGCCGUUGCAAGCGACAGGUUUCUCGUCCUCACCCCCACCGGUCCGUUUGCUACAUCUACCGCCUAUUAUACAGCUUUUGCUGAGCAGUACCUGGAGCUCAUCGUGGAUGGUCAACUAUAUACCGAAUAUCCUAUUGAUGCUUAUCUGGUGUACCGAUUUUUGAAAGAUAGUGCAACCCAGUUGACGUCGCAAGAGGAAACCCAAAUGCCAGAGAGAUUCUACUUGAAGCAUGUCGACGACAAAGGCGACCACAUACUUGUUGACGAGCAACUGAACAUCACUGGUAUUAUUGACUGGCAAAUGGCACGUGUUGUACCACGAAAGGAAGCUUUUGGACCUUCGCUUGUUACAGCAGAUAUGAACUCCUUGUGCAAUGGAACAGUCUCACUAAGUCCCAACGACCUUGUACUGGCGGAGAUUCUACAAGGAAGAGGCUCAUCUGAUCUGGCCAGUAAUAUGACUGAUGAGAAAGUGAGGAGAUAUUUUUGGGGCUUGGCCUUUGAGCCAGAAUGGAAAUAUGCCUUGCCGUCAGCAAAUGCAAUAUUACAAGCGUUUGGGGUGGUAGAAGGCUGGUCGGAGUGGAAAGAGAGCGCGCUGAAGGAGUACGAGACUGAUGAACGCCUAAAAGGCCUACUUGUCUUGUCACAGAUGGGAUGACGAAUGCAUCCAGCACAGCGACAAACCGUCUG